AUGGAUGGUUGGGUGGAAAAGAAGAAGAAAAGGAAGAAGACGGACCGCAACAGGGGUCCUGACGAAGUUCUUGAUGUCGAUGAAAUGCUUGACGAAAUUGAUGCCGAAGAUCCGCCGGAUUAUGAUGAGAUUGAAAGGCUCCUUGAGUCUCCAGAGCCCGAGGGACCGCUCAGGCGGCUGGAGCAGGAGUAUGGCGACUUGAGCCGUUUUACGCCUUCGGAGGUUGAGGACCUCAUGAUGGGAUGCUCGACAAGCGAGCCUGGAGAUCAGGAGCCCAAGUCGUUCGAGCCUGGAGAUCAGGUUGAGGACCUCAUGAUGGGAUGCUCGACAAGCGAGCCUGGAGAUCAGGAGCCCAAGUCGUUCGAGCCUGGAGAUCAGGAGCCCAAGUCUUUCGAGCCUGGAGAUCGCGAGCCCAAGUCGUUCGAGCCUGGAGAUCACGAGCCCAAGUCUAGCGAGCCUGGAGAUCGCGAGCCGCCUGUGGAUCCGACCGCAAAGGAGGAGCCGGGAUUGGGCACUUCCAAGGAUAAGAAGGCCAAGCAGGCCAGGGUUCAGGAUAAUGAGGAGAAGCAGAACGGAGAGGAGGCUCCCCAGGAGCCCAACAAGUCUUUCGCCGGUCGCCUGAUGCCGCAGACACAGCCAUUUCGCUGGAGAUUUCAGUUUGCUGUUGAAGCCUUCCAGCAGUGUCCUGAUUGA